AGGAAGAAUCGAUGACGAAUCGGUCGGAAAUCUACGGUGAGGAUGUGUCACCCGAUAAUCAUAGGAUGCGCUCCGCGAAGCUCGGCGGGAACGAUUUAGCUUCGAGUUCGUAGUAGAGCCGGCCCUGGCAGCUGACCGUCGCCGAGACCGAGAUAUUGAAUGGCUUGAUAAACGGUGUAAAACAGCGGCCGAUAUAUCGCGCACGAUAAACUUGGCGCGAUUCAAGGUUCAGGUUCGCGCAACUUCCGCUCGCACAACAGCCGCACUUUCCUGCACCUCCGUGCUCACUCGGAGUGAAACAGAGGUACGUUCGAGCGGCCGGUGGGACAAAGACGGGUGGACCGAGCGUGGGGGAGUGCAGUCGCAUCGCAAUGACGAACCUGCACAUCGCGGUCGAAACGGGGCGAUAGGCGCGAGUGAUCCAUCGAUCAUGGGCGAGUCUCAAGGGUAAAGAGAUUGGGUGCCAGUUUGACGGGUUCGUUAUCCGUGCGUUUAUCGGUAGGCUCGUCGGUAGGAAGAGGCCGUCCCCCCGUGAAAAGUGAAAACUGCGGUCGAAUGUCGUUCGAGUUGGCGGGUGGAACUGCAGAGAGGCGCGUGUCCGACGCGCGGCGAGCUUCAGGCCGAUCGCGUCGUUGCGCGUGGAACGCAGCGGAGUGAUCCGCGCGCGAGUAUCGUUAUUUCCUGUCCUCUCCACGGCGAGUGGUCGAGAGGACAAUGUGAGCCUAGGUGUCGUCGCGUGCCUGAGACAAUCGGCCGUUCGUUGGACCUGGAGGGUACCAUAACCAACCGUGUCGAUGCCGCGACGUCGCCGGGCGUCGUUAUUUUCCCCUCAUUGUCCUUCCGUCGCGACUGAGAUCGCAAUCUAGAGUGAGACAGAGCGAGACUGGGAGAGCCGCAAAGUGCUAAGUUGGACUGACCUAACCCAAAUCCGUGUGCCCGACGUGAGUAAUCCCCCGGGUCCUUAUCGGUUUUAUGGACUUUAUCGAUGGUGCGCGGAAAUAGCUCGGCCGUAAGCCCACCCGUGACCGUUCUCGUGAACUGUGAGAUCAUUGUACAAACAUUAUGACGGACGCUCGCCCUCAUCGCGAUACGAAGGAUCCACCCUUCCUUCUCUCCCGCGUAUUUGUGGUGCCGCGUGACGGCGAAGGACUCACGGAGGACCAUGCACGUGCGUGAACGCGCCAGGUCGAAGGGCAUCGAUGCGUAAAGGUGUGCACGAGGUGGCUCAGCUGUGAUUUCGCUUGCACUGUCGACAAUACCAAGCAGCCAUGAAGAAGCAGUUCUUCCGUGUCAAGCAGCUCGCCGAUCAGACCUUCUCCAGAGCGGGCAAAACGGAGAUGCUGACGGACGAUCUGCAAGCUGCCGAUAAACAUGUCGAACAAAUCAGAGCAGCUCUCACUGGUCUCAGUAAGAGACUUGGGAAUCCACCGAAUCAAACAGCUACGCAAGAGGCUUUUAAGGAGAAACGUUUGAAAAAAUGCCACGAGUACAUACUUGGGCAAACCAUGCUGGAGAAUGCUGGUGAGGAUGGCCUCAUGAGUUUCGCAUUGCUAGAGUGUGGCAGAGCACAAAUGUCAUUGGCUAACGAAACUGUGGAACACGAAGCGAAAGUCGAACAAUAUGUAGCCACUCCGCUGCAGCAUAUUUUAGAAACCGAUGUACCAAAUAUAUUGAAGCAUAAGAGAAAUUUAGCGCGUCUUACAUUAGACAUGGACAGUGCCAGAACGAGAUAUCUUCAAGCGAGUAAACAUAGCGCUGGUACAGGCGCAGCAAAAUUGGAUAACCUGAGGGAGGAAUUGGAAGAGGCUGAAUCAAAAGUCGAACAGUGCAGAGAUCAGUUGGCCGCAGAGAUGUUUCAGCUGAUGUCGCGCGAAACGGAACUAGCACAGACGAUCAUCCAGUAUGUGAAACUUCAGCGUGCUUACCACGAAAGUGCACUGCACUGUCUCGAGGACCUCAUACCUGGAUUAGAGAGCUACAUUAAUGAUAACGAAAUGAAGCCGGUGUACGGAUAUCCUCUCGAGGAACACCUCAGGGUAACCAAUAGGAAAAUCGCACUGCCCAUACAGCUGUGCGUGUCCGUGCUGUUGCGUUUGGGCAUGGAGGAGGAGGGCCUUUUUCGAAUAGCCGGCGCCGCGUCGAAGUCGCGACGGAUCAAAUUAAGCUUAGACGCCUGCUGCCUCACGCUGCCGAGGGCGUUGGAAUACAAAGAUCCGCACGUGAUCGCCGGCGCGUUGAAAUCCUACCUGCGAGAAUUACCGGAGCCUCUUUUGACAUACAAAUUGUAUCCCGAGUGGAUGGCUGCUGCGAAGAUCGCGCACAGCGACGCGAGGUUGCGUGCUCUCUGGGAAGUGUUGCAUAAGUUGCCACCGGCGAAUUUGGAGAAUCUGCGGUUCCUAAUUAAAUUUCUGGCUGUGCUCACGAAGAAUCAAGAUGUAAAUAAGAUGUCGCCGCAGAAUAUCGCUAUCGUCAUCGCGCCGAACCUGAUUUGGAGCCCGCAAGAGGAUGCGAAUACGAUAGUGAUGAACAUGAGUACAGCGAACAACUCUAGUCUUAUAGUAGACCAAUUAAUUACGUACGCGGACUGGUUCUUCCCGGGCGAGAUGGAUUUCGACCGCGACCUGGAAAUGGGCAUCGUGAGCGACUCGGAGAAUCAGACUGUCGGUAUGCGCCGUUGCGUGUCCAAUACUAGUCUCAGCGAUCACGGCGAGAGCCCGCCGCAGGGCAGCCCGAAGCCGGCGGCGCGUCGGAAGAACAAGCCAGCGCCGACGCCGCCGAGCGGCAAUACUCCGGACAAGCACGAGAGGAAGUGCGACGACAGGCAGCCGCCACCGACGCCGGACAAGCCGCCGAGAGCGUUGGCGUUGGCCACGUUGACUCGACCGACGCACAAGCCUCACAAGUACGAGCUGAACGCCGAAUCGACGAAUCGAGGCCACGACGACACGGCCGACCGGCACGAGAAGCACGCCGAGACGGACGCGAAGCAGCAGCCGGUCGUGGAAUCGACGGCCGAUCUUCAUCCUGCGGACAAUCCCGAGCGAUCGCAGGAGACCAGUACUCACCAAAGCGAAGUGUUCAAUUUAAGCGACGUAGAGAAGAAUAUCCCGGAAUUACAGAGAUGCGAGGCGAAAGUGAGCGCACCGAGCGCAAAGGAGAAGCCGAACGCGGUCACCACGUCCUCCGACAAUGUCGUCAAGUCGGUCGUGGAAGUGGAGCAUAACGAAAGUACGGCGCAAAAGCCAAAACCAGUGCCUACGGAGAAGCCAUCCACGUUGGAGAGGAGAAGACCGGUAGCAGCGCCUAGAAGUAUAACGAAUAUCACGCAAACAACAGAAGACGGAGUCGAGUUACGCAAAAAGUCAGACAAUAGCGUUGCGAAUGUACAGUCAUCGGGCGACAGGAGCAGCAAACCCGCGAUCCCUGAGCGGCCGGCUUGUUUGAUGCGUCCGUCGAGUCUCAUCAGACAACAUCCACGUCACAGUAACGAAAACCUAGAAACCGAUCCAGGGCCUCUAACGCUGGAACGGGCGCACGUAUACUCCGUGGAGAAACAGCAGGUCAGUAUAAUACAAGUGCGUGGGAACAACAGCAAUGCGUUGUCCACACCGGGCGAGAGCACUGGCAACACGGCAACUUCGAACUUGCAGAGAAGCCCAAGCGUGGGUAGCCGGCCGUCCUCGAUAUCUCUGUACGGCUCCGAACGCCGCGAGGAGAGAGCCGCGAGGCCGGCGGAGCAGUCGUGUCAAGCGCCGUGCGCCGAGCAAGCGAAAGCUCACGCGCGCACUAGAUCGGAAGGCAACAUUAUCGACGUCCAGACACAGACCGACGCGAGGGUCGUCGUCAGGUCGCCGCAGCAGAACGUGCCGGCAUCGCCGAGAUUCCACCAGCGACCGCCGCGGCCGCAGCCACCGCCGCCGCCGCCGCCCAACGUACGGCCUAAGUCGGAGCAGGAGAGCACCAAUCUCUAGAAGGGUCUCCCCUCGAAGAGAAGCGAUUAUUCUCGAGAAUGACGCCGCGUCUCUUUCAUGCGCGCGACAAUAUGUCACUGUAUAUGUAGAAACUCUUCUAUCCCCGCGGAUAAGAAUCCGCCGGCGGUUAACAAUGAAAGUCCUCGUCCACAGUUGAAGAGUGUCGCGUCUUCGCGAGUCCGAAGGACCGAACUUUAUAUAUCACUACGGGAACAGAGCGAGAUAUCCGCUCGGUGAUUCCGCGUACGGCGUUUCACAUCGAGUAUGUAAGUUCGUAGGUUUGAUAACAACACACACAUGGACACACACAUUCGGACAAAGUUACUCUAUUUUUCCCGUGAUCUCCCUAUUUAUACGACUUCUUAUUGUAUUCCGAUGAUAAUCCUUAGAAGAGAGAGAGAGAGAGCGUUUCCCGACGAAACGCCAUGUGUACGGAGGCAGAGACGGGAGGAGGUCAUUCGAAUAUGCAUUUCGGACGUUAAAAAAAAGCGCAUCCGGCAGCUCCCAGCGCGCCGUAUAUUACUUUCCGAAUCCCUUUGGACACAUACGUUACCUAAUUUCUCGGUAAUCGAUGACGACGACGACGAUGAUGAUAUUUUUGCAGCUUACCAACUUUUUAUACUUGUAGCAAGUAAGGAGAGAGACAGAAGCUUUGAGUGUCGUUUUUAAGAGUGAGAAUAUCAGUUCACACAUCAGAUCACCACCACGUGAGCGUUGAAGCGCACAAAGCUAGCUCGGUGUGCUCAAUAUACGUUAAAAGGUAAUUAACAGAAUCGACUUUAGCCCGCGAAAGUUAUCAGCAUCAGCGCUUACGACGAGUACUUUUGAUUGACACACGUCCAUUCGAGGAGGGGGGAAGGGGGAAAAAGAGCUAACGUAAAAACAGGGAGGAGUGGUGCGAUCAGUGCGUCGGAAUUGAUUCAACGGGUGAUAUUUUAUUAGCGAGAAUUAAUCGAAAUGUUUGUUAAUCGUUAUGAGUCGCCGGAUCUACGCUCGAAGGAGGACGUGUCCGUGCGUUAUUAUUAUAUCUGACUGAUGCAAUGCGCGACUUUCGAAUUAUUAUCAACACCUGAGAAUGAAAAGGACUUGUUUUUUCAAUAUAUGUUGAAAGAAAUGAAAUCACAGUUUUAUACAUGUUCGUUCAGAUCCCGAAGUGUCUCCAUAACAAUGAACUCUUGAUUGGACGAUCGCGCCGAAUGGUUGAGUUUGUACACGCGUCUUGACACGAGAGAAAAAAUAAUUGUCGAUCACGUUGCAUCGAUACGAAACGUUAAGUUUGAUCAGUUCAAUAUAUAAAAUUCGAGAAGUUAAAAUUGAUUGAUUUCUCAAAGCUUUGUGUAUAGGUAAAUUUUUAAUCCUCAACUAACAUGUCUUAAACAGACGGUGAUGUAUUCGAUUCCAUGGUGGAGUCAACUCUAAUAACGACCUUGCAUUUCAUUAUAACAAGUUGAUGACGUAUUGUCCAGCCUAUUUUCUUUUUUCUUCCUUAAUCAUAGCUUUCGUUACUUAUAAAUAAAAACGUCUAAAGAAUCCUAACGUCAGAGAAGACAGUCAAUAGCUAACAAUAUUUUUUUUGUAUUUUAUAAAAUUCCUUACAGAGAUUCUAUGUACAGGAACACCUAGAUUUGACACCACCAUAGUAAUUGAGGGUCAACCCUCUCUAAAUAUGUAGCAAAAUUCUUUUUUUUUUUCUUGCAAUGGGCUAAGAAACUCUUCGAAUGGUUUUUUUUUUUAGAUUUUCGACAAUUUUAUAAAUUAUUUAAGUAUAAGUUGUGCCUUGUAAAGUAACAACCGAAAGAUCUCGAGUUUGUUGUACUUCGUUCCAUUGAGAAUGCUAGAUUUAUAAAAUUCGAGAAGUUAAAAUUUAUUAUUUACGUGCUGUUACAAACAUGUAUUUUGAUAUUAAAAUUGAGA